AUGGUUAAAACAAAAGAACUAACAGAUUUCGAAUGUGGAAAGGUUAUCAAUUAUUAUGAAGCUGGUGACACUGAAAGAGCUAUUUCAGAAAAAACAGGCUAUGAAAAAACCACUAUCCACAAUAUAAUAACAAAAUAUCAUAAAACAGGUGCUAUUACUGUUGCUCCUCGAAGUAGUUGUCCAAAGAAGCUGACUGUAAGGGAUAAACGUCAUUUUAAGGCUAUUAUUAACAAAAACUGGCGUAAACCUGAAGAAAAUUUAAGGGAAAUUUUUACUGCAUCCACUGGAAAUGAUGUCGGCAGAAGUACUAUGCAACGAACAUUAUAUGGCAUGGGUUAUAAUAGCUGUACAGCACUGAGAAAACUCAGUGUUAGUGAACGUAAUCGAAAAAUAUGA